AUGGCCACCAUAGACACUCCCAUGGCGGAUUAUUAUUCGGAGAGGGACCAUCAGGUGUGGAAGGAUCAUGUAGCCAAAACACACCCGGCGCCUCCGCCGCAAGUAACGGAGGUUUAUGAUCAGAUGCAAGGGUUUUUGAAGAGCACGCACUGGUCAAAACCUUACUACAGCGCCUUGGUUCAUAAUAACCCUCAGCUUCCCUACCAUCUACUCGAGCACGUCAACUGUACCUAUUUAUCGACACCAGGCAGAGCGCCCACUCUGCUCGCUUUGAAACAACAUGCUCAGUCUUUAGCUGUCCUGAUCUCUCUACUGGCGCCAGCCCAGCAUGGAGGAACCCUUAAAGCUCCAGGUGAUGAAAAGACAAUCGGCGAUGCUCCGUUUGCUGCAGAACAGGCAUUUGACUGGCUCAACAACCUACACGAACACUAUAGCACAGAAGACAGAGCGCACAAGAAGCCUCUAAAUGCACUCGUGAACCUAGUGAAGAGCAACAGCGACACCACAGGGCCAAAAUGGCAUUGUCCUCUCGAUACGACGGGGACUGAGUUUCCCGAGAAGCAUCCUUUCCCACAGUACCGUCCUUUCGAGUCCCACAUGACGCUGCUAAUGCACGCAAACGAGAUUCUUGAGCGUCUGGACCAUGAAUAUUCGGCCAUGGGCGGCAUUCUGGGCAUUAUCCCACUCGACAGCGAGAAUGUGGAAGAGCAACGAGCCCUCUCGCGAGCCAAGACGACACUGGUAGGGCAAUGGAUUCUGUACACACAGCAUCUCGUGGCUCGUAUGCAUGAGCUUGAAAUUGCCUAUGGAAAUAGCCUAGAUCUGCUCGCAAACGAGGCCAUUGUACCCAUGCAGUCUAUCGGCAUCGCUGGUCCGGAUGGCCGUUCCGGCCGAGAGAUUGUCUUUCCACAAGACCGUUGGAUCAUGGCAAAUUCCGGCGAGGACGUAUUCACCUACAUCCAUCGCAUGCUCGACAGGGCGGAGGCUCAUCAGGAUGCGCAAGAUGAUAAGUUCGCGGAACACAAAGUACUGGGCGACGCGGCGUACUCGGGCAAUGAAAAUCUUAAAUAUCGCGGCAUCGUGAAGGUCGACCUAAGCACCCGCUUUUAUCGAUUGAGGGGCAACGGUCACGGGCCUUUGUUCGUUCUGCCUGCCUUCGGGGAUCGUACAAACACCAAGCACACAAGAGACAUGGAGAACCGACCCACUGUGGUUGCGAUACCACAGCCUCACACCACAGAAUCAGUGAACGCAUGGGAGUCUAAACAUAAGGACGUCGACGAAGAAAUCCUAAAGCUAAGCAUCCAGAAAUCUAACCUCGAAGGCAAGGUUGCGCAGCUCCAGUCAUCAGUGGGAAUGCGCGACCGUGAAAUUGAGAGGCUGAAUGAAGCCCAGAAACAGUACGACGAAAAGAUUAGCAAAGCCGACAAGGAUCUGGCGAAAGAGGUGGUGUACCUGCGCGAGAAUGUUCAAUAUUUCCAAAAACUGGUAAAAGAAGGAGAGGAACGUGAAGAGAGCCUCAAAGAAGACUUACAAAACUUUAAGGAUGCCAAUAUCGCCAGCCAGAACAAUGAGAAUGUCGUCACUCCCCUGGUUAACAAGGUCAACGACCAACAGUCCCAGAUUCGCGAGCUUCAAAAGCAAAUCAAGGAGGGUGAGAAGAAGAACGAAGACCUCGCACGGGAUAACGAUACCCUCCGAAUUCUUAACACCUCUCCUCUAAAUUCUAGGGCAGCUGCUAGCCCAGAACAAGUAACCCAGCUCAAAGCCCAACUCUCUGGUCUCCAACAGGAGAGGCAGAUGCUACAGUCAGAAGUCCACAACCUCAAGAAGACAAAAACAGUCAAGGGAAAGAUCCUCAAUUUCCCUGACGGCUUCAGGUUCGGCAAGAGUGGCGUCUUCGAGGACAUUAAUGCAAAUAUAGCAGCAUGCUCUGUUGAUGCAUACAGGUCUCUGCUGGCAGCCGAACAGGAGAGGAACGAGCUCAAGAAAACGUUGGACGACGGUGUCUUGGCCUCACACACACGCCAGGAAGAGCUGACUACAUUGAGAUCCGAGUGUUCUCGAUUACGAGACGAAAACGCCGAGCUUAGGGCUACAUGUGAAACCACUACACCAUCCAAGAUCAUCAACCUGCCGUGGAAGCUGCAGUUCGCGAGCGUAUACAGAGAUGAUAAUCAAGGAUUGGUCGCUAUAAAUACAGACUUCUUUGAUCAUCUAAUGCAGUGUGACAAGAAUAUCGGCGAUUUCAGAGAUGCGAUUAAGAACUUGGAACACCAGGUCAAGCAGUUGAAAGCCCCAGUCGAUAUUGACUUCAUCGGAAAAUUACCUCAAGCGCUUGGAAGCAGCCAGUCGAAGAUCUACAAGGACACCAAGCGUAACAUUGUCGUCCUGACGGCCGACUAUUACGAUUCGCUGUCCGCGGGAGACCAUGACACGGUAGCUACCCAGCAAGCACUGAAGACGUCUAAGCAAAAGGUGCAAGUUCUAGAGCAGCACUUGAGGGACGCGAGAGAACAGCUCGCCAAGGCUCAAAGCGGCAUGGACACUGAGCUACCCGACCUCCAAAACCAGCGGGAUAUGCUCGAGUCGCAGCUCUCCAAGGCGCUGGCACAACGCGUGGAGCUUGAGCGGAAGAUUAUGAAGAUAUCCUCCAACACGCCGGUGUCGGCCCUGCACACCCAGGUCCACAAUGUCCAGAAGGAGCUAGUUGAGGUCACAAAGAAUACAGAGGAGAAGGACGCCGAACUCACAGAGCUCCAGGGUCGGUAUAAGGCGCUGCAGAUGAACGAGACCAACCUCCGGCGGGAAGUCGGAGGCCUUCGCCAGAAGCUAUAUGAUGCGACUAAGCAGCAAAAGGGCGCUGCCGGCCUCAGCAAGCAGCAAAAGGAGGAACUUGAGUCAGCACGGCAGGAGGCAGAGCUUUACAGGGAAGAGCUCGAGACAAUCCAGAAGCUGUGGAACGACCUGCAGACGCAGCACAUAGUGUUGCAGACAGAACUCUCGCAGGCGAAGGAGAGCUGCGAUGAAGAGAAGGCCCACCUGGAGCAGAAGCUGAAGGAGAGCGCGUCCGAGAUCAAGGUGCUGCAGAUGAAGGUGCUCGCGGACCCGAACAAGGUGAAGCCGGCGAUGAUCGAGCUGGAGGCGCAGCGGAACGCGGCGUAUAAGAACCGUGACGCGGCGCGGUUGCGGAUUAAAGAGCUAGAGACGGAGCUGAACGCGGCACAGGCAACCAAGUAG